GUAGCGACUUAAGUGUUCCGCCCAAAUGCAUGAUAGGAAGUUGGCCAACCAUUACUGUCAGUGGUGGCUGCAAAUGGUAUACUGUAUGUUCUGCAUUAUGUUCAAUUAAGCGUGUCAAGAAAAAGAUUGUCUCCCGUGAAGGAUAUGAAUAUUAUAUGUGUUGUGCUUUCACGAAAUGAUACUGUAGCGACUUAACUCUUCCGCCCAAAUGCAUGAUGAGAAGUUAGGCAACCAUGACUGUCAGUAGUGUCUGCAAAUGCUAUACAGUAUGUUCUGCGUUGUUUUCAAUUAGGCGUGUUAAGAAAAAGAUAGUCUCCUGUCAUUCUUCCCCACGUCGUUCGCCACAAUGCUAAUAUUUGUUGUGAAAGAGUUGCCAAAGCUUAAGCCAAUAAAUGGCGCGAUCCAAUGUGUCCACUCACAUUUCUCUGCCUUUUCGCUCUCAAUGUGCUAAAACGGCGUCAUUGUAAACUACUUGAGACAACGCAUGGACAGGGUCAUUCCGUGCAUGCGUUAAUUGCGUCAAAUAUUUAAAGUGAUUAAUUAAAAAAAAAAAUUACCGCCCGUUAACGCGAUAAAAUUGACAGCACUAAUUUCUUGUGUUGAACUAUGGAAUAGUUGGAUUUGGUUCCUCUUGGCUGUGCAUAAGAGCAACAUUUUAAAACAUUUUCAAAUUACAGUAUAUUUUUAAACACUAAAAUAUGUCUGAGUAACUAAGUGCUACUGAAGAUGCAUGAAUGAAAAACUAAAACUGAACGGAACCCUAUACACUGUGGUGUAAAUGAGCAGUUUAAUAGAGAAAAUAAUUUGGGGAUUAAGUAACAUGCUUGCUAUGUAGAUACACCAAUAGCAUCAAUUCCUUUGUAAUUCCUGACAAUUUAUAAUGCAAUGGUUAGCCACAAAGCAAGUGCUGUUUGGUUGAAUAACAGAUGAAGCAAGUGAUGUUGCGGAUUCCCAUGCACAAAGCACAUAUGGGAUGCCGAUUAUUUUAUGACUGUCAGAAAAAAGAACGGUGGACUGUGCAUGGCUGCAAGGGAGUGCUAGCUGGAAAGAGGGUAAGGGAGGCAGGGGGAGGGGUUUGUUUAUCUCUGUUGUGCUUCCUGACGGUAACAACGCCUCCGGAACCCACGGGGGGUUGAGACAAUAGCAGUGAGACGCCGCGUGUGAGGAUGAAGAUGGGGAGCGAUGGAGGAUGGUUAGCGAUACCAACCACGAAGGGUGAUAUGUGGGAUGGACAGACACACAGACGGAUAGAAGCAGAGCGUGUGUCAGUCGACUCUUCCUCGUCUAAACAAUGAAUGCGCUGUGGUCGCUGCCGGCAACACAUCGUCACGGCAACCGGAGCCAGAGGGGUGAAUACAAGAAGGAUGAGCUGCUGGAGGCAGCGAGGAGUGGGAACGAGGAGAAGCUAAUGGCUUUGCUUACGCCGCUUAACGUCAACUGCCACGCCAGUGACGGCCGCAAGUCCACUCCGCUCCACCUGGCAGCGGGAUACAACAGGGUGAGGAUAGUUCAGCUGUUACUACAGCACGGAGCAGACGUUCAUGCCAAGGACAAGGGUGGUCUGGUGCCGCUCCAUAAUGCUUGCUCCUAUGGACACUAUGAGGUUACUGAGCUACUUUUGAAGCACGGUGCCUGCGUGAAUGCCAUGGACCUGUGGCAGUUCACUCCGCUGCAUGAGGCAGCAUCCAAAAACCGCAUAGAGGUUUGCUCGCUACUAUUGAGCCAUGGUGCUGAUCCCACUCUGCUUAAUUGCCACAGCAAGAGUUCUGUGGACAUGGCGCCAACCCCUGAACUCAAGGAGAGACUCUCAUAUGAAUUUAAGGGCCAUUCACUGCUUCAAGCCGCGCGGGAAGCUGACAUGGCCAAGGCAAAGAGGAGCCUGGCACUGGAAAUCAUCAACUUCAAACACCCUCACACACACGAGACGGCUCUGCAUUGUGCUGUAGCAUCGCCACACCCCAAGAGGAAACAGGUGACAGAGUUGUUACUGAGAAAGGGAGCUAACGUCAAUGAAAAGAAUAAAGAUUUCAUGACACCUCUCCAUGUGGCUGCAGAGCGCGCUCAUAAUGACAUUAUGGAGGUGCUACAGAAACACGGCGCCAAGGUCAAUGCUCUUGACACACUGGGUCAGACAGCUUUGCACCGAGCAGCACUUGCAGGCCAUCUGCAGACCUGUCGGCUGUUGCUAGGAUACGGGGCAGACGCCUCGCUGGUGUCGCUGCAGGGCUUCACUGCUGCUCAGAUGGGGAAUGAGGCUGUUCAACAGAUACUCAAUGAAAACGUUUCGGGUAGAAACUCGGAUGUGGACUACAGACUUCUAGAAGCUGCAAAAGCUGGAGACCUGGACACUGUCAAGUCACUUUGCACAGCUCAGAAUGUGAACUGUAGAGAUCUGGAGGGACGACACUCCACCCCUCUUCACUUUGCUGCUGGCUACAACAGAGUGCAGGUGGUGGAGUACCUGCUUCACCACGGGGCUGACGUGCACGCCAAGGACAAAGGCGGUCUAGUUCCCCUCCAUAACGCCUGCUCGUAUGGUCACUAUGAGGUGGCGGAGCUGCUGGUCAGACACGGCGCCUCGGUCAACGUGGCCGACCUAUGGAAGUUCUCACCACUACACGAAGCUGCUGCCAAGGGCAAAUAUGAGAUCUGCAAAUUGCUGCUAAAGCACGGUGCAGAUCCCAGUAAAAAGAACAGAGAUGGAAACACUCCCCUGGACCUGGUGAAGGACGGUGACACGGACAUCCAGGACCUUCUGAGAGGAGAUGCGGCCUUGCUUGAUGCUGCCAAAAAGGGAUGCCUGGCAAGAGUGCAGAAGUUAUGCAGCCCAGACAACAUCAACUGCCGGGAUACGCAGGGAAGAAACUCCACUCCUCUACACCUAGCAGCGGGCUACAACAAUCUGGAGGUGGCAGAGUAUCUGUUGGAGCACGGUGCUGACGUAAAUGCACAAGACAAAGGAGGUCUGAUACCUCUGCACAAUGCUGCUUCAUACGGGCAUGUGGACAUAGCAGCCCUUCUCAUUAAGUACAACACAUGCGUUAACGCCACAGACAAAUGGGCAUUUACACCACUCCAUGAGGCUGCGCAGAAGGGAAGAACGCAGCUUUGUGCUCUGCUUUUGGCCCAUGGAGCUGAUCCCACCAUGAAGAACCAGGAAGGACAAACGCCUCUAGACUUGGCAACAGCUGAUGAUAUUAGAGCGUUGCUGAUAGAUGCUAUGCCACCAGAUGCCUUGCCCAGCUGCCUGAAACCACAGGCCACUGUGGUGAGUGCCAGUGUGGUAACAGGAGGCGCCACAGGGGGUGUGGUCAUUUCUCCCUCGCCAUCGCCGUCGUCUUGCCUGUCUGCUGCCAGCAGCAUCGAUAACCUGACCACACCCCUCGGGGACAUCACAGUAGGUGGCGCCACUGGGACAGCAGAUGGAGGAGCAUCUGGUUCAGACAGGAAGGAAGGAGAGACUCUACUAGACAUGACCAUAAACCAGUUUUUAAAGAGUCUUGGACUUGAACACCUCCGUGACAUCUUCCAAAGAGAACAGAUCUCAUUGGACGUGCUGGCAGAUAUGGGCCAUGAGGAACUCAAGGAGAUCGGGAUCAAUGCUUACGGACACAGACACAAACUCAUCAAGGGCAUCGAGCGGCUGCUGGGAGGUCAGCAAGGUGCCAACCCUUACCUGACAUUCCACUGCUCCAGCCAAGGCACCGUGCUGAUUGAUCUAGCCCCAGAUGACAAGGAGUUUCAGUCUGUGGAGGAAGAACUGCAGAGCACCAUCAGAGAACACCGUGACGGCGGAAAUGCCGGCGGCGUCUUUAGCCAGUACAACAUCAUCAAGAUUCAGAAGGUGGUGAACAAGAAGUUACGGGAGCGGUACUCGCACAGACAGAAGGAGAUUGUUGAUGAAAAUCACAAUCAUCACAACGAGCGAAUGCUCUUUCAUGGUUCUCCGUUCAUCAACGCCAUCAUCCACAAAGGCUUCGAUGAACGCCACGCCUACAUCGGCGGCAUGUUCGGUGCCGGCAUCUACUUCGCAGAGAACUCCUCCAAAAGUAACCAGUACGUGUACGGAAUAGGCGGAGGUACUGGAUGUCCCACCCACAAAGAUCGCUCCUGCUACGUGUGUCACAGGCAGAUGUUGUUCUGUAGAGUGACGCUAGGUAAGUCCUUUCUUCAGUUUAGUGCAAUGAAGAUGGCCCACGCACCCCCGGGGCAUCAUUCAGUCAUUGGCCGGCCGAGUGUCAACGGACUGGCCUACGCUGAGUACGUCAUCUAUAGAGGAGAGCAGGCUUACCCAGAGUACUUGAUCACGUAUCAGAUCGUGAAACCGGAGAGCGUAGCCACGCCUGCCGCCCCCGCCGAGCAGAAGUCCUAACGCACACAGUGUCACACCCAUGACCCGAUGCUCCAGACACCUCUUGGAAUGGCCUUUUUGGGAGCCCCCGAGCCCAAGUAAGUGCGGUGGACCGGGCUGACGCUAGGCCGCUUUGCCCAAAGUGCUGAGUCCAAAGGGGCCAUUUGACUUUUCCUCGGUUACUGAGCGGAGGCAGGAAGCGUUUUAUGUUUCAUGAAGUCUUCACUAGAAUGACUGAGCAGAACACAAGGGACCAACACUUCAACCCAAAACAAAGUACAGUUUUUAUAAUUGCCUAUGUUGAGAGUUGAAAUGGUAAAAAAAAAAAACACACAAAACUGUGACCCAAGAACACUUUAUAUCAUUUCAACCUUGUUCAACAACAUGAAACCUUUGAUAUAAAUGCCUAAACGAUGAAAAAUACGCCAAAGUGUGCUUGUUGAUGCACACGCGAUAACUAACAAUAGGCUUCCACAAACAAAGCUUGUCUUUCAGGUAAGAUGCAUCACAUCAAGGUCCUUUCCUGGACCAAACUUCCAUGACUAUUCCAUGACUUUGCAAGUAUGUUACAAAAAAAGGUCCACAUUUCACAUGGCACAUAUCCAUGGUUGUUGUUUACAUGUGAAGUGGCAAUUUGCACACUUUGCUUUAUUGAACUCAUCUUGUCAUUUGAGAAUAAAACUGAUACCAUUGGUUAUCCGGUUGAACUCAUUGGCUGCCACUGGCACUGGUAGUGACCAACCUUAACCCUAAAACUGGAUUGGCCGUCAAUUCCAGUGAAUGAACUAUGGUCUAUAUACUAGUCCUCAAUUGUGGGACGACUCUUGCAUACAAGUACUACAAAAAUUUUCCCAUCACUUUGUGAACAAUACAUGCGUUAAAUGUCCGAGUGCAUUUUGUAGUGCGUGUUUACUAAAUCCAGUGAGGGGCAAGCUGAUCAAAUAUUAAAUGACAUUUGUGUCUGUACAUGCAAAGAAGUCACAACAGUAAAAAAAUGCAAACACAGUUUGCAAACUUUGUUACGUGUUAACUUUUACUCUUACGUGUUAACAAUUCCUGUGAGAUAGGCAGCUAAAAAAAUGAUACAUUGGUGCCUCUUGUUGAUCAAAAAUAUUUCGUUUUGCAAGUCAUGUACCAGAAUUUUGCCUCUUUUAUCAACUAUUCUAUAUUUUUAAAUCAUGUCAAAGUGGCAGACACAUAUUCGAUCCAGUAGCAGUAUUUGUUAACUUCAGUGAUGGAACCAAGGGCGUAGGUUUGCAUAGGGAUGGUAGGGACAUAAAACUAGCAACUUUUCAGGAUGCUGAAAUCGUCCCCACCAACUUUUAAGCAACCUUAUUUGCAUUAUGUAAUGACUUCAGGUAUAUAGGUAAUUUAAAUUGUCUUCCCAUAUGCUAUAAGGACAGAAUUUACGCUACGAAUAUUAAAUGAAUUACACUACUUUCGUUAUGUUCAGACUAACAUUGACCCUUUUUCACUUGCACAAUGUUUUCCCCUCACACGAUGGAUAUUACAAGUUUUUUUUGCCGCCAGCAGCAGACACUGUAAGUAAUGUAAAAGACGUCAAUGUUGUGGAGGUGGCGAACACACCACUAAUUUUGAUACUGAAAGUCUGACCUGCAUCAGAGUUAGCAUAACAUUAAUAUGUUUGAAUUUCCCGAACUCUAGGAGGGAACUGCUUUUUAGAGAAAUAUUCUCCUUUAUGUUUUCUGCUGUUACUGUUAAUUAAACUGUAAGAAAUUUAGUGAACCAAGGUUUACACCCUUCUCGCAAGUUUUCAUUUUUAUUUUAUUUAUGUGGUCUUAAAACAGCGCUAUGGAGCUUUCAUUUUUUUGUUGAGUUUGGGGGCUGUGCUUGGGGACAAAAGUUUUUAUUCUUUUUUGUUAGGGUUAGGGUUAUCGUCCCUACCGAUAUUGAGACCAAACCUACGUCCUUGGAUGGAACUCAAAUCAUCCUAAUAAUAAUCAAAUAGGUCGAAUGAAUAUGCUGAAGUAUAGCGAACAUAAUUCUCAUUUUUAAAAUACUCACUGAUUUUUUUAGGUUUUAUACCUUACAAAACAAUCCUCUCCAUGAAUUUGUAUUAGAAGCCCAAUUUAGUUGAGUAAUAAAAACUCAAACAUUAAAUUUACAUGCUCUUGAGAUGCUUUUCUAGUAAGUGCGUCAAAAAAUGAAAACUAAUGUUCAUAUUUGUACUGGUUGGAACUUGUUCACUAGUCUGCAAAAGGACAAGAUGUCCCAAUGGUUCCUCAACUUUGGGGUUCAAUCAAUCGUUAAGCUUUAAAUUGGUCUGUUCUUCAAGUGCCACAAUCAACUGAAUAUCACAUGGCAAAAUGGUGUAUUUCUUAGCACUGCACUGAUACCAUUUUUAGGAGAGUUCGAACAAUUAUUGAUACUUGAUAACCUUGCAGUUUUGACAAAAAAUGUCAAAAGUUUCACUCCAAUAAAUCAACUAAUAAGUGCGCUGGUAGGGGCGCAUCCCUGGUCUUUCUGCAGCAGUUUAAAAAAUGACGGCGAGAGUAGAAACUUUGAAUCGACUUGGAAGAUUUUUAACCUCAUCCUUAUUUCCCCAUGGAACACUUUUCAAAACGAUUUUGAUAUAUACAAUAUAUAUACAGCAUAUAUAUUUGUCUCAUGUUUGAGCCUUUUUCUGUUUUGAACUGGGCGAAAAGAUGAAUGGAUAAUAAUGUGAUUUCCUCAUUGGUUGUGUUUGUUUUACUUGCUCUUGUACAACUGGUUGUACAUCACUGCUGUCUACACAUAUUGUUGUACAAAAAAGAAAAAAAUGAAUAAAAGAACUACACUAAAAUUCUGUU